ACCCUGAAUACUCAGGCCCUGGCAACUCAGACCUCAAAGACUCUGACCAUGAAGACUCAGAAUCUGAAGACCCAGAACCAGAAGCCCCGCUUGCUUGGCUCUGGCAUUGUACCAGACAAUCAGGUGCAGGUAGAGAUGGUGAAGGUGCUGAUGGAGAAGGCUGCUCUGGAGCUGCAGCAAAAGCUCACAUCCCAUCUCCCGAAGAACAGGUUCCCCAACAAACAGCUGUGCCAGAGUCUUCUCAAAGUUGAGCUGCCCGAGUACGUCCUGGACAUGGGCUCUGUCCUUAAGGGUUGCACUGAGAGACGCACUCUGGAGAUCACCAACCCUGGGCAGAUCUACCUGUCCUUCCAGAUGGGUGUGUCUGUCCUGCAGGACACGGGUUUCAGUGUGCACAUGGACCGGGUGAAGGGCCUGCCUCCAAGGUACACCAUGGAAUUUGAUGUGAGCUUUGAAAGUGCCCGCUGGCCACAGGGUGACGUGGAUGUGCUGCUGCCCAUCAAGGUAGCAGAAGGCCUCACGUAUAACAUCCGCCUCCAUGCCACUGUGUUGGAGCUGUCGCUCGAUGUCUCGAAGAGCGCUCUGGAGUUCUCUGAUAUCCUCGUUGGGCAGUGCCAGCUUGAGACAGUCCGGCUCUACAACUGGUUCCAAGUGCCCUGCAAAUGGUCCAUUACUGCCAUCAAGCCUGUUAUGAAGAAGAAUCAACACAAAUACAUGACACCGGAUGGACAUCAGAAGCAGCUGGCACUGGAGCAUGAGCCCUGUCCCUUCGAAGUGACGCCCUGCGAAGGAACCCUUGAUGCAGGAAGCUGGCAGGACUUGCAGAUCCAGUUUGCACCCAAGGAGGAGAGGUCUUACGAGAAUGAGCUGACGCUUAAAAUUUGUGGGAACUGCAAUCCCUUAAAGCUGCACCUCUCAGGACAAGGUCUGGAGCCACGGCUGGAGUUCAGCCCCCCAGCCCUAGAGAUGGAAUGGGUGCUGGUGGACAGCGAUGGGGUGGAGGCCACAGUGGUGGUGAAGAACCCAUGCAGCUUCCCCAUUGAGUUUUACUCCCUGGAUUUUGAUGAGCAGUACCUUGAGGAGAAGAAGAUCCUGCGGAUGGCAGUGGGGUCUGAGUACCAGAAGAACUUUGUCAUGCCUCCACGUGCUGUGGGUGGGACGCUGCCCCCAGAGGUGCUGGAGGACUAUGAAGCACAGAAGAGGCCGAAGGCUCAACGGGCAGAGCUCAGGGCCAUGGCAGAGGCAGAGGCCACGGCUGAGGCUGAGGCCGAGGCUAUGGGCAAGGCAGCACCAGCACAUCACAGGUCUGUCCCAUUGUAUCCUGAGCCCAUGGUGAAAGCGACUGGGAAUCCUAUCUCUCAAGCUGUCAUGCGUCACCUGGGCAUUGACCCGUCUUCAGAGAGGCAUGAAGCACAACAGCAGAAAGGGAUUGUUGUAGUCGUCCAUGGGCCACCCCGGGCAGGGAAGACAGAGAUAGCGGCGGAACUGUCUUGCUGGUAUGGUGGCGCUUGCUUGUCCAUUGACACCGUGGUGAAAGAGGCCAUUGCCAAUGAUGGGAGCCAGGCAGGGCUCGGUGCCCGUGACCUUUGCACCAAGGCUGCCAUGGAGCUGAAAGGCAAAGACGAAGGUAAUGCUGGUAAAAACCUUCAGCUCACAGCUCAGACCAAGAAUAAACAAGCCUCUGAGGAAAAAAUCAACGAGACUGCCAAAGGCAAGAACCCUCCAGCACAAAAGAAGAAAGAGCCAGCCAGCAAACCUGACAUACAGGACACCAAGUUCACAGUUUCCACUGCUCCUGCGCCCCAGCAGCUGAACAUCACCAGCAGUUGUGGGGAAGAGCUGAACUGCUUGAGCUGUGUCCUGCCCGAGGACGUGCUGGUGGACAUCCUCUGUGAGAGGCUGAAGUGUAAAGACUGCUACAAGGGAGUGGUCUUUGAUGGCUUGGAGAGCCUCUUUGCAAGCAGCCUGGAAUCCUCCCUGCUCUGUGUACUCAAAGCUGUCAAGAAUCGUCGUCAUAUCUUCAUAGUGAAUCUGCAUCAGGAUUAUGCUUCCUGGAAAGCCAAGGAGGAAGCUGAAAUACAGAGGGAGAAAGCUCAAAGAGAGAAGGAAGAACUGCAGAGGGAAUUUGCUCUUCAGAGGAACAUAGAACGUGUCUCGCAAAUGGAUGAGGAUGAGUAUGAUGCCCUCCCUGAGGAGGAGAAAGCUGAAGUGGAUAAAAUAUUACUGGAAUGGAACCUUAUGCGGAGGGAGAGGGAACUGAAGUGGCUGGCUCCAAAGCUUGAGGAGAAGGCAAAAGCCUUAGAGGAGGAAGAGAGGCAGAAGAAGGAAAAGAAGAGUGUCUCCUUAGAGAAGCAGCCUGCAAAACCAGAGAAGGGGAAAACCAAAGCCCCAGAGAAGAAGGAAACCAAAAUCCCCGAGAAGGGGGAAACCGAAAUCCCAGAGGACCUAUCUGAGAUGGAGAAGAACUUGAUCCUGAGGUUUCAGAUCUAUGAGUCAUCGCAGCAGAAUGUCGCACAGGUUUUCUCCUACUGGGACAGGGUUCAGGGUACCAUGGAGUUACCGGUGAUCCAAAAGGGAAACAACUCGCAGUCUUCAGCUGAAAACAAAGGUCAGAAGACCAAUAAGCCUCAGGAGAAGGUGGAGAAGAAGCCUGAACAAAAAACUGAAGACCAUGGGAGUCUUCAGUCAUCUCAGCCAGAGACGCAAAGCAACGUUGCAGAAGGGGCAGUCAGAGACGAGCAUGUCGGGGUGCCGUGCCUGGACAUCCCGGUCACGGAUCCAAAGGCCAUGUUUAGGGAGAUCAUGAACAGUGGGAGGCUGCCAACGAAAGACCAGAUGCUGAGAUAUCUGGGACUGCAUCCCGAAGGGCCUCCCCUUCCCCCUGCCGCCAUCCUCUCCAUAGUCGACUACCCAGAGGAGCGGUUGAGCUCUGCAGAGCACGUGGAGCCCUUCAUCAUUGAUUCACCAGAAGAUGCUGCUAUGGAAGACACCCUGGCCAAGGCCCCAGAUGUGAAGGGCAGUUCUGCCAAGGGCCAACCAAAGACGGGUGAAGCGGCCAGCAGAGACAACUGUCCAAAGGAGAACCAGAUCUCCUCACAGAGAAUAGAAAGUCCCUGGGAUUCCUCCACAGCAAGACCCAAAAGUACACUGAAAAAUGCCUCGACCCCCACAGAAUUCCUCAGGCUGAAACGGUACCGGUGGAUAGCACCUGCCCAUGGUGAGGUGGAACUGAAGGUCCACUUCUCCACCAAAAAGCCAGGGAAGUUUGAGCAAACACUGAAGUUUGAGCUUGUGGAGACAAAGCGCCAGUACGAGCUGCCCUGCAGUGGCGCCGGCCUGUACCCCAGCAUCAGCCAGGACCCACGGCUGGUGUUUCCACAGUGGAGGGAGACCAUGGAGGCAGAUGAAAUCAUCUUCAAAGAGUAUAUUGAGAGCACAAAGCAAUUCCACUUUGGACCACUGCUGUGUGGGAAAUCAAGAGAGUGGUACAAGGCCCAGAACUGUCCCGGCAACUCGGAGAAGAUAACCAUCCUCAACAAUUCCCCCAUGGAUGUAGAGGUCCAGUUCUCCUUUGAGAACGAUGGGGAAACAGAGACGUUCCUUUUGGACCCUCCCAGCAUGACACUGAAAGCAGAGGAGAAGCAGGAGCUGACCAUUUGGGCAUGCCCCACUUCCCCUGGAUUCCUGGAAGAUAAACUCAUCUGCUGCAUUGGGAAGAACCUGGACCCAGUGGUCUUCAGCCUGUGCUGCCAUGGGGUGCAUGUGAAGCUGGAGGUCAGCCCACUGGAGCUGUCUUUUGACAGGAUGCUUCUGCACAGGACUGCCAGCAGGACCUUGGUCCUGAAAAAUGACACCCUACUGCCCAUGGCCUGGCAGUUCAGUGGGCUGGAUGACUUUGUUGAGGACUUCUCUUUGUCACAAGAAAACGGCAUCAUUGAUCCCCGCUCAGAGUUUGAAUUGACACUUAACUUCAAAGCCAGGCAGAUUGGCAGCAUUGAGAAGACCCUGCGACUGGAGGUUUCAGAUACAGAAAACAUCCUGGGGAUAGUUCAGGCUGAAAAUAUCGAAGUCUCUGCAGAGGUCUAUGAUGUUUCUCUGAGCAUUGACAUGCCUGAAGGUCCAGAUGGAAGCUUGAAAUUUGGAACCCUUCAUAUCCUGGAUAAGGUGAAGCGAGCCCUGCAUCUAAAGAAAAAAGGGGUAAACAACACUAACUACAGUGUCCCCUCCAUCCACCUGAGCGGCUGCAAGUACGAGAGUGUGCGGCGGGCGGCAUGGCACUGCGGGCUGAAGGAAGUGGAAGAAGACGAUGAGUGGACGGUGCUCUGGACAGACAGCAUGGUCACUUUGGACUGCCUCAGGAACAUGAAGCGCUUCCAGAAAAUCAACCACUUCCCAGGCAUGAUGGAGCUGUGCCGCAAGGACCUGCUGGCUCGUAACCUGAACCGCAUGCUCCGGCUCUUCCCCGAGGAGUACAGCUUCUUCCCCCGCACGUGGUGCCUGCCAGCCGACUAUGGAGAGUUCCGUGCCUAUAGAUCCAUGAGGAAGACAAGAACAUUCAUCUGCAAGCCUUGCAACCGCUGCCAGGGCAGAGGGAUCUUCAUAACCAACCACCUGGAGGAGAUCAAGCACAGGGAACACAUGAUCUGUCAGCAGUACAUCUCUGAGCCCUUUCUCAUCGAUGGCUUCAAGUUUGACAUGCGCAUCUACGUGCUGGUCACGUCCUGUGACCCACUGAGGAUUUUUGUCCACAAGGAGGGCCUGGUCCGGUUUGCCACAAUGAAGUACAUUGCUCGCAGCACGAGAAACCUGGGUGACAUCUGCAUGCACCUGACAAAUUAUGCAAUCAACAGACACAAUGCGAACUUUGUCAGAGACGACGCAGUGGGCAGCAAGAGGAAGCUGUCCACCCUGAAUGCCUGGAUGGCAGAGCACAGCUAUGACACAUCAAAGCUCUGGGCCGAUAUUGAUGACAUUGUUAUAAAGACACUGAUUUCGGCUCACUCUGUGCUGAAACACCAUUACCAGAGCUGCUUCUCCAACUACACUACUGGCUGUGCCUGCUUUGAAAUCCUGGGCUUUGACAUUUUGUUAGAUAGAAGGCUGAAGCCAUGGCUGCUGGAGGUGAACCGCUCUCCCAGCUUGGGCACGGAUUCUCAGCUAGACCGUGAGGUGAAGGAUGCCCUUCUGUGUGACACCUUCAACCUGAUCAAUGUGCACGCCUGCGACAGAAAGAGAGUGCUGGAGGAAGACAAGCGGCGGGUGGAGGAGCGGCUCCUUCAGCCCAACCAGACUCUCCGUGAGUCCAGGCGCAGGGAGCAGGAGAGCAGCCAGGCUGCCUGGCUGGCACAGGCUGAAACCUAUGAGAACGAGCACCUGGGAGGCUUCCGACGCAUCUACCCAGCACCUGGGACAGAGAAGUACGAGCCGUUCUUCCAGCAGAGCAGGUCCCUCUUCCAGGAAACAGCAGCGUCCAAGGCACGCGAGGAGCAUGCCAGGCAUCAGCUGGAGGAGUUGCGCCUGGAAAAAGAAAAGCUGGAAGCUGUCACCAGGAAGAAGAAAAGAAAGAGGAUCCAAAAUAAAAGCACAGCUCCUACAACCCACCUCACCCACAAAAGCACCAAGGCAUGGGAUAGAAAGGUGAAGUGCAUGCGGUACAACUCCAUGCAGCCCCAGAACAUAGUGGAACAUGAAGAGAAAAGGAGAGUGAAUGCCCUGUUGCAGCGUGAGAAGCUGAUCCAAAAACUGGGCAUCACCAAGCAGCUUUCCCAGCUGCUCCCCAUAGCUGACAUGCAGCGAUCCUGUGUCCUCCCAAGCCAGCUGCAGUUUCCCUGGGAUGUCAUUGGGGACGACAACACCUGCGAUUUUAUGAUGCUUUUCUCAUUCCUGGGAGUCCCAGCUCAGCCCUUGGGGCACAGCAUCAUACAGAGCCGAAGAGCCCAGGCCCUGCUGCAGCACAUUCCAGGCCCAGACCCCACCAUGCAGCCCCUCUGCGUUCGAGGCCAGAGCGCCCUGUACCACGUGCGGCACGAGGGCCCCCAGGAGCUGGGCAGGGGCUGGCUGCAGGGCCAGGCAGCGGGGACAGCAGUCACCCAGCCCUGUGCCCACACUAAGGGGCUGCAGCUGAGAGACCAGCAGCGCCCUGGCAACAGCACCCAGGCUGAAGGCUGUGCUGCUGGUAGUUUGUCAUCCUCUGAUGAAGGCAGCUGUCCCCCAGCCUCCCCAGCCAGCCCAGAGCAGGCCACAGGUGACGGCAUCUUCAUCCGUGAAGUGGUGCAGGAACUUCCCAUCACCACUGCUGUGCGCAGGCAGCGCAGAGACGCCUCACACUGUAUAAACUGGAUCUGCAAGUUCUGCCAGCUUCCUGCAUCAAGGGUUCCUUCGGAGGGUGUCACUUUGAAGGGACAGGGCUCAUGCUCCAGUACCAGCUGCUUCUGACGUCUGUCCAGUGUCAUGUAUUUGCGUUGAUUCUUCUGGGCACAGAAACCAAUCGUGUGAGGUCUCUUUGGUCUGGGAGGACAGAGCCUCAGUUCCUGUAGUGCUCUGAGACACUGCUAUGGUGCUGAGAGCACCCAUAGCCAAACCAAGCCUGGCCCCCACAGCCUAGAGCUGGGGGGGAAAACCUGCAGACAGGGCAGGCGGAUAGGGAACUACUGUCCUCAGAGGAGGGGGAAUGGGUGAAGAUGGCAGAAAAGCAAAGCAUCAGCUAACAGAACAGGUCCGGGCAAACCAGCCUUCAUCUAGACCCUCAGAAGCUUCCUCAAACAGGCUGUAGACCCAAGUGCUCAGGCAGCCAUAGGAACAGAAAGGGCAAGAGACACAAAGAAAGCCCAGCCAAGAAGUUAACGUGUUCAAUGCUGCCCGUGCUUCACCUUCAUAACAGGCUUGAUGGCAGUAAUGGACCAUUUGCAGGGCACUUGGAACCAGUUGUAGAGCCGGACUGUCUCAAGCUGGCACUGCCCAACGAGGAUAUCAGAGAACUCCAGAGUGCUCUUGGAGAUGUUGAGCGACAGCUCCAACACAGUGGCAUGGAGGCGGAUGUUAUACGUGAGGCAUUCUGCUACCUGGAGAAGGACAGAGAGUUCAGCGGAGGCUGCAGGUGACAUCUGCUGCUGAGCCCA